AUGACAGUAUCAGGUGACGCUACUCCUCUUCUCUACACACCUCUCAAGGUAGGCCGUUACGAGCUUCAGCACCGAGUGGUUCUGGCUCCUCUUACAAGAUUCAGAUCGCCCAACCACGUUCCUACAGACUCGGUGGCCGAAUACUACGCUCAAAGAGCGUCUCGUCCAGGAACUCUUCUCAUCACCGAGGGUACCUAUAUCGCAGCCAAGGCCGGUGGUUACCCCCAUGUUCCAGGAAUCUGGUCGGAAGAACAAGUCAAGGCAUGGAAAAAGGUCGUCGACAGAGUCAAUGUGCACAAUUCGUAUUUGUUUGUGCAAUUAUGGGCUCUUGGACGAGCAGCUGAACCCAAGGUUCUCGAGUCGGAAGGACUCAAAGACCAAUACGUUUCAGCAUCCAAUGUUGCCAUGGCGGACAAAAUUGCCCCUCGGGCACUUACCAAAGACGAGAUCAAGGAAUACGUCCAGCACUACGUUCAAGCAGCCAAGAACUCGAUUGCUGCUGGAGCUGCUGGUGUCGAGAUCCACAAUGCCAACGGGUAA